AGAAAGCGCUUGCUCUGAGGUCUGACUUAGCUUGAGCCCUCAUGAUUCAAAGAUUACUCAUCUGACCUUCCUAAUUGGGUACAUUCUCGAAUUUGGUGGAAGUGACGAUGAAUUGGUGGACGCGUCUGUCAAUUACGCGUACAUCCUGCUCACCAAGACGAUUCGUCAUUCCACAGUCCACAGCCCACAGUCCAGCCAUAUAAAUUCAGUGCUCAACAUGACAUCUCCCAUAAUCUCAUCUCAUUCGAAUUCAAUUCACAAUGUUGGUCUUCGCUACACCCAAUAACUACCACUACCCAUCUGUCCAUGUCAACCCUUAUGCUGCACAGCAACGUGCAUGGGCUCUCCAGCAGCAGCGACUUAGGAAUCAGUCCAUCUCAAAUGCUCUCAGCAUGAAUGGCCUGCUUAACCGCGUGCCAGAGCGCGAUGACUAUCUUCAUACGCAGUCUCCGUACUACGGCUACACCACAAACGACCUUGCUGAGUACGAAUACGAGCUUGCCCUCUCAAGGGCAAGCCGCAAGGCUGCAAUCCAGCAACUCCAUCACGACUACAACGCCGCUAUCCGAAGGCGGUAUGCUGCUUUCCAGGCUCAACGCAAGGAGCAAGAAAUGGACCGACAACUCCGCGCUCGCCGCCGCGCUGCAGAGGCUAACAGGUUCCUCGCAAAUGCACAGACAUUGCUCGGUGCAUAUUGGCCUUGUGGCCUGCCUGUGGAUGCUGAACUGCCCACACUGGCCGAAGCUUCCACCCCAAAGGCCCCUGUGCAAGAGGCAAGCACCUCCUUACACGAGGGGAAAGGAAAAGGCAAAGAAAUCCCUGAGUCCAACGCCGAGUCUUCAGUCAAGGACAGGCUCGAGGAGCGUCUGAUGGACCAGUACCAGUCUGAAUUGAGCAAUAUCUUCGAGUCGAUCCUUGCUGGUGUGUCUGAAGACACUUCAAGCGACACUCCUUUCGAACACGUUCCAGUGACAUCCGCUGCCGCUGCCUCUACGCAAGUCAACGUCAACGAGGAGGGCACUACCUCUUCACACAAGGGAAAGGGAAAAGCCAAAGAGGUGGUUGACUCUGACGCCGAAGAAGAGCCCUAUGCAAGUCCAGCUCGAGUCGCAUCUUCCCUCUCCCAGAUCACUUCCAUCGUAUCCCGUCUGGAGGCACUCGUUGCUGGCUUCCAGUUUCCUGCCGAACUCGAUUUCUCCCCUUCGCGCUCGCCGUCCCCAGCUUACUCAGCUCUCGACACUGAUGACGUAUUUGCAUUGACAUACACCGCGACCAACGCGCCUCUCCGCGCACAGGAGCAUGCGCUAUCGUUGCUCCUCGGUGACUUGGACAACGUCCCAAGCUUUGGGUCACACGUAGUGAGAGAUGCAAGGCGCGCAGUUGUGGCACGCGUAGGGGAAGCGCUGGAAGAGCUUGAGAGAGGUGUAGAAGAGCGAAGGGGUCGUGCUCGUGCCAGGAGGGCAGACGCUGCAACUGUUGCCGUGCCUGUCGAGCAGUCCUCGGAGCCGGAGAAUCUUACCGCUGCGGAUCUCGCGCCCAUCCAGGUUCCCGUUAUAGACGAAGUUCGUACGAACGUGUUUGUUCCAGUCGAAGUACUCGCACCCGCCGCCUCUUCUCCUAUCGAAGCAAUCACAGACACUAGGAUCGAAGCACCGGCUGCUUCCAUCGAGAUUGCAACCGCAUCUGUGGCGGAGCCGAGCCUUGCUUCUUCUGCUUCUCUUCCCACAUCAUCCUCUGAAAGUUCCCAGACGUUGACAGCUGAGGAGGUUUCGGUCCCGCAGGAAGAAGAGUCCGAGGGGCCGCUUGUAGAUGGAGUUAGCACCGUCUCUGUCUCUGAGGACACGGCGAGUGAGGACACUGAAACCAUCGAGAGCACCACCCAUGCAGACUUUGUGCAAGCGUCAUCCCCAUCUGCAAGGCACCAAACGCCACCUCCCCUCGAUACCUCCGAUUCUCAUUCCCAGAUCACCCUCGGUGUCUCUCCUCCCGUCUCCAUUCCCGAUUUUGAGACUUUAACCCAUGCGGACGCUGAUAUCCCCGCGGAGGUGGCAGAUACUGCUACUGCAGAUGAGCCGGCAACGUUUGCACCGGCGGCGGCGGCGUCUUCUUCCUUGGGAUCUGAUCAUGAGCAGACGGGUUCGGAGGUGAAUGUGACAGAGUCCGAUUCAGAAUCUUAUUCGAGUGUGGAAUCCUCGUCUGAAGCGGAAGAGGAUACGUUCCUCCUUCUCUGAGCAUGUGCAUGAAGGGUCGUGGGCUGUCUAUUAUUUUUGACUAUGUUUUCUUUAAAUUUCACUUAAGUCCUUACUUAUGUUCGUUCAUCAUUACUGGACUCCAGUAUGUAUAAUGAGUACUUACCAAAUGCAUAUUUGUUGUACAACA